GUAAUGUCUCUGCUUUUUAAUAUGCUGUCUACGUUGGUCAUAGUUUUUCUUCCAAGGAACAAGCAUCUUUUAAAGCAGCAGACAAGGGACCUCAUAAAAAAUGUUGGCUGUCCCAGGGUUAAUGAUAACCCAGUUGGUUAACUGGGUUAAGGUGGGGACAGCCAGAUUGUCCUCAGUGUAAAAGUAUGUGUUUCUCCUUUGUGGUUGGCAAAUAAACAGACGGAUGUAUUCGGCAAUACAACUUACAUUUUCUAGCUGUUUAGUUUAUCAAACAUGUUCAUCUAUGCAUUUAAUCAGAACAACAUCCCUAUACGGUUUUAUUCCUUUUUAACAGAAAUGAAAACUGAGGCUGGGAAUGCUUAAGUAACUUUCCCAGUCAGAGGGCCACUAAAGGUAUGACUCAAGCAUAAAGGGGUUCACUUUAGUUGAGUUAAAACAAUCCUCUAACCUACAUCUAACUGCAGAUUUUCAAAGUGCAUUUUAUCUCCAGAAUUCAAUAAAUGUCUCUUCUCUUAAAAACGUUUUCUAAAAAAGGAUAUUUUUAUUUUCCUGAUACUAUGAAGCACACUGCCAAGAAAAAGCGAUUUGUUUUCCAUCCAGCAGCUAUUGCUAUUGUCCAGCAAAACUCGCAAAAUAUAAGAGAUACCAGGUUCCCGAAUAGCUCCAUUUGUUAACAAUAGUUCACGACAUCUAAACGUUAAAUGAGUUACUCAAGUUGUGACUUUCACAGAUGUGUGAAAAAAAUCAGUGUAUCUAAAAUAUUGCGUGCAAAGUUAAGCACACACACGUGCGCUUAUGAUGCUAAAACCAACAAGGGCCUUUAGGACUGUUGGAGACAUGGGUCCAAGUACAAAUAAAGUCAGGUCCUCCCAAGUCCACUUACGCUCACAGCUAGGUCAGCAACUCGUGGGACAAAAAUCAGGAGAAGCAUAUGACAGUCUAGAAUCAAGAGAUAAGGUGUGUGGUACUAUGAUGAGCAAACCAUGAAAGGGAGUUAGGAUGGUGGAUUCUGUAGGACACUGGGAAGCCAUUUCUGGGGUCCCCAGGAAGUAGGGCCUCCAACUCGCAGGGGAAAACUCAGGCAAAGGCCGACUACGCAGAAACACUCUUCCCAACAAACUGACGAUCUUAACUAAGAAAGAGCUACUCCAACACUGACACACAGCAUCAAAUCACGCGUUAGAGAAACCGACGGUCUUUCGCCACUCGCAAACUUCCCCAAAGGCGGAAGCAGGCGGGCACGCCCCCGAAUUGCUCUUCCCGGGUUUUAUUGGUUGCCCUGGCCUGCCCCGCCCCCUCUCAAUUGGUCUCCUUCAUUGGCCAGAAGUGUCACGCUCCAGCGUUCACAGACAAUUCCAGGAGCCAAUCAUCUCCAAUCACCGCCCCGGCUCUUCGCAGACUUGUGACAUCCACUCCGACCAAUAAUAAAUGAGAGUGAAGAUGUGAAGCGUAGACUCCGCCCCCUUUCCCUCAACUCGUUCAGUGAAUGGUAGUAAAGUUGAGCAGCUGAUAUCAACCACCAAUCCGUCAGUGCGGAAGAGGGCCGCGGAGACGACUGAUGGGAGGAGGUGACGUGGCGGUGACGAAUGCACAAACUGAAUGAGUGGCAGAAAUAUUGGCCAAUCGACAGCCACACAGGCUGGGCGGUCUGUAUUCUCGAGUCCUCCCUGAGCGCCGGAGACUUCGGGAAAGCGCCAAUGAGCUUGACCUGAGUCUGAUUGGCCUUCAACUGCACCAAUCAGCGGAGGGCCUGGCGGAAGCGUCCCUCCUCGGACGCUCACUGGGCGCUGCGGCAUGACAGGCCCCAGAGAAAUGCCAAUGUCCUAGGGGCCCUCCGCAAGUGACACUCGGCGGCACCAAUCGACUUUCUUCCUCCCCGCGGCCGGCCUGGCGGGGCGGGGACGCUGCGCGGCGGCGGCUGAGGCGCUCGCCGAGUGGGGCCCUCCAGGCGGCGACGGCGGCUCUCGUAGGCGGUUCCGGUCGUGUAUCAGCGGGCGGCGGCGGCUCAUGGCGGCGACGGAGCUCAGAGGAGCGCUGGGCCCGGGCCCGGCCACCAUGGCGGCCCCGGGCGGCGGCGUCGCGCCGCCGGCGGGGGGCUCGGGCGCCGGGGGCUCGGGCUCGGGCUCGGCUCGCGAGGGCUGGCUCUUCAAAUGGACCAAUUACAUCAAAGGCUACCAGCGGCGGUGGUUCGUGCUGAGCAACGGGCUCCUCAGCUACUACAGGUCGAAGGCGGAGAUGAGGCACACAUGCCGCGGCACCAUCAACCUCGCCACGGCCAACAUCACGGUGGAGGACUCCUGCAAUUUCAUCAUCUCCAAUGGGGGCGCGCAGACCUACCACCUGAAGGCGAGCUCGGAGGUGGAGCGGCAGCGCUGGGUCACGGCCCUGGAGCUGGCCAAGGCCAAGGCGGUGAAGAUGCUGGCCGAGUCAGAUGAGUCAGGAGACGAAGAGUCCGUCUCCCAGACCGACAAGACGGAGCUGCAGAACACCCUGCGGACCCUGUCCAGCAAGGUGGAGGACCUCAGCACCUGCAACGACCUGAUCGCCAAGCACGGCACGGCGCUGCAGCGCUCGCUCAGCGAGCUGGAGGCCCUGCGGCUGCCGGCCGAGAGCAGCGAGAAGAUCAAGCAGGUCAACGAGCGCGCCACGCUCUUCAGGAUCACGUCCAACGCCAUGAUCAACGCCUGCAGAGACUUCCUCGUGCUGGCCCAGACCCACAGUAAGAAGUGGCAGAAGUCCCUGCAGUACGAGAGGGACCAGCGCAUCCGCCUGGAGGAGACCCUGGAGCAGCUGGCGAAGCAGCACAACCACCUGGAGCGGGCCUUCCGGGGCGCCACCGUGCUGCCUGCGGGCGCGCCCGGCGCCGGCGCCGGCAAAGAUCAGUGCUGCUCCGGCAAAGGCGACCUGAGUGAUGAGGAUGACGAGAACGAGUUUUUUGACGCCCCUGAGAUCAUCACCGUGCCCGAGAACUUGGGCCACAAACGCACCGGCAGCAACAUCAGUGGAGCCAGCAGCGACAUCAGCCUUGAUGAGCAGUACAAGCACCAGCUGGAGGAGACCAAAAAGGAGAAGCGGACGCGGAUACCAUACAAGCCGAACUACAGCCUGAACCUGUGGAGCAUCAUGAAGAACUGCAUUGGCAAAGAGCUCUCCAAGAUCCCCAUGCCGGUGAACUUUAACGAGCCCUUAUCCAUGCUUCAGCGCCUCACUGAAGACCUGGAGUACCAUGAGCUGUUAGACCGGGCUGCCAAGUGUGAGAACUCUCUAGAACAGCUCUGUUAUGUUGCAGCUUUCACCGUGUCCUCCUACUCCACUACUGUCUUCCGUACCAGCAAGCCAUUCAACCCACUCCUUGGGGAGACCUUUGAGCUGGACCGGUUAGAGGAGAGUGGCUACCGAUCCCUCUGUGAGCAGGUGAGCCACCACCCCCCAGCGGCUGCACACCACGCUGAGUCCAGAAACGGCUGGACACUGCGGCAGGAGAUCAAGAUCACCAGCAAGUUCCGCGGCAAAUACCUCUCCAUUAUGCCCCUCGGUAGCAUCCACUGUAUUUUCCAUGCAACUGGGCACCACUACACUUGGAAGAAAGUGACUACAACAGUGCACAACAUCAUCGUGGGCAAGUUGUGGAUUGACCAGUCUGGUGAGAUUGACAUCGUGAACCACAAGACAGGGGACAAGUGCAAUCUUAAGUUUGUUCCUUAUAGCUACUUCUCUCGGGACGUCGCGAGAAAGGUGACAGGGGAGGUGACCGACCCGUCGGGCAGAGUUCACUUCGUGCUGCUGGGCACAUGGGAUGAGAAAAUGGACUGCUUCAAAUCACAGCCGGUCCCCGGGGAGAACGGGGGUGACGCCCGGCAGCGCGGCCAUGACGCAGAGGAGAGCAGGGUGCUGCUCUGGAAGCGGAACCCUCUACCGAAGAACGCGGAGAACAUGUACUACUUCUCCGAGCUGGCUCUGACCCUCAACGCCUGGGAGGCCGGCACCGCGCCCACGGACAGCCGGCUGCGGCCUGACCAGAGGCUGAUGGAGAACGGGCGCUGGGACGAGGCGAACGCGGAGAAGCAGCGCCUGGAGGAGAAGCAGCGGCUUGCGAGGAAGAAGCGCGAGGCCGAGGCCGUGAGGGCCACGGAGGACGGCACGGCCCACGACCCCUACAAGGCUCUGUGGUUCGAGCGCAGGAAGGACCCGGUGACCCGGGAGCUGACGCACAUCUACCGCGGCGGCUACUGGGAGUGCAAGGAGCGGCAGGACUGGGACUCGUGCCCCGACAUCUUCUGAAGGAGCCGCCGAGGAGGAGGAGCCCGCGGACUGCUGCCGGCGCCGCCUGCCCGAGCUCGUCUGUCUUAACCAAUCACUUCUUGUUCCGAAUCAGUCACCAGAAGCAGACCCGGUUGGUCGUGAUUGGCUGGUUGCCUUAGCUGAUUGACCCUGAAAUCAACAUUCUGGACCCCGCGUGCUUGUCGGGGAGGCGCCCCCCCACUUCUCCGGAGUCGGGGGCCCCACCCAACCCCCGAGAUGCUGGCCCUCACCACCCCCCACCCCCCCGGAGCAGACGCUCAGCCAGGCCCUGUGCAGCACGAGCUGAUCAUAGAGGUUCCCUCGAAAAAGAAACACGUUCAGACUUGGCCACGGAGCAUCGUGAGCGCCGUGGUGGAGCCGGGGCACAGCCCAGGAGACGGCCGGGCCGCACGAGGCGCCCGCGAGGGGCUCGUCUGCAGGACCGGGAAGCGCAGAGAUCAUGCUUGGCAGUGUCUUCGCUUGUUAGCACACCCCGCUGCUGUUCUCCACCUCUGCUGAGGCCGCUCGGGCGUCGCAGGAGGGUCGCCUUGUCCUCACAGGGGACUUCACGGACUCGCUCAGGCAGAGCGCUUCGGAGAACCCGGAGCACGAGGCCGUGUGGACACGGCUGGCCGCCGCGCUCUCCCGCCCCCUCACCCCACCGUCCCCGCCGCCUUCUGCUCCCCUCUCCUGUCUUCUUCUCUCGCUCUCUCUCCAUCUCUGGGCACAGUACCCGCUCAGGUUUCUGCCUCCAGGAACAAAGCAUUACCUGCCCCAUUCUGCCACACUUCAGAAUCUGAGAGGAAGCGUUUAUUCCGAGUGAGUUUUCACCAUUUCUCAGAACCCACGGACUGAAGCCACUUCUGGAAUAGCGUGUUAAAUACCUGUAUAUUAUAUAUAUGUAGAGAAAAGUC